UUAAGGGUGGGUGACUUGGCCCUAAUUAAUUUGCCUCCUCCGGCCUGGGUUCCAGCUCCAGCUUGCUGAGGCUCAGUGGGCCCACCACAGACAGCACAAGCAUGGGGGGCUUCUGGCCUUGGAUGCUGGGUCUGCUCUCUUUGCCAGGUUUGAUCCUAGGAGCGCCCCUGGCCGCCAGCUGUCCGGGAGCCUGUGGGAGCAGGUUCUCAGAAGGCCUCACCCCUGAGGGAGCCCAGACGUCUUGGGACAAGGACAUCCCUGCGAUUAAUCAAGAGCUCAUCCCUGAGGAAACUCCGGAGAGCAGUUUCCUCCUUGAGGGAGACAUCCUCCGGCCGAGUCCUUUCCGCCUGCUGUCGGCUACAAACAACAAGUGGCCCAAAAACAGGGGUGUGGUGGAGGUCCCCUUUCUGCUCUCCAGGAAGUAUGAUGAGCCCAGCCGCAAGGUCAUCCUGCAGGCGUUUGCUGAGUUUGAACGUUUCACAUGCAUCCGGUUUGUGGCCUACCGUGGCCAGAGAGACUUCAUCUCCAUCAUCCCCGUGUCUGGGUGCUUCUCUGGCGUGGGGCGCAGUGGAGGGAUGCAGGUGGUAUCCUUGGCACCCACCUGUCUCCAGAAGGGCCCAGGCAUUGUCCUGCAUGAGCUCAUGCAUGUGCUGGGCUUCUGGCAUGAGCAUUCACGGGCUGACCGGGACCGUUAUAUUCGUGUCAACUGGAAUGAGAUCCUCCCAGGCUUUGAAAUCAACUUCAUUAAGUCUCGGAGCAGCAACAUGCUGGUGCCCUAUGACUACACAUCUGUGCUGCACUAUGGGAGGCUCGCCUUCAGCCGCAGCGGGCUGCCCACCAUCAUGCCACUCUGGGACCCCAGUGUCCACAUCGGCCAGCGACGGAACCUGAGUGCCUCGGACAUCACACGCAUCCUCCGGUUUUAUGACUGCAGCCCAAAUGACCCCAGCCCCCAGGGAAGAGAGUUCCAGGCCCAUGGCAUCGAUGGGAGCCCCACUGCUGCCCCUGGACCACGCCUGCAGCGGCUGCUGGAGGCAUUGCUGGCAGAGUCCAGGAGCUCCAGCCCCAGUGACCCCAGGGCUGGAGAAAGCCCGCUGGAGUGGGAGCCCUCCGUCCUGGGCAAGUCUGGUGUGGAGGCCUCCGCAAGGAGGCCUCAGACCUCAGCGUCCUCCGCAAGCUCACGGUCUGGCUCAGCUGCUCCUGGGGGGGCCCUGGAGUGGUCCCCGCAGGCCCACAUGUCCACUAUGCCCCUAGUGCCAUCUCCAGAAGACCAGCCAGCGCCUAUCUGGGCUGUUUGGGGAAAACCAGCUCUGGGGAACUUCCUGGAGACACCCAGAGAUCAAGCCUGUGGCUUCUGUCCCCAAGUGGGAAGAGCAUCUUCUGUCCGGAGCAGCUGGGCCAAACAACCCUUGGCCUCUCUAGGUGAUACUCCUGUCUUCCAGCCCCAGACUGACCUCCCUGUCUGAGACCCAAGCCUCUCCUUCUGCCCCUUCCUUCCAUACCAUGUUCUCCCGAGGCUCCUGGGGACAAAGGUCUGUCAGGGGACGCAGGCCUGUUGGGGGUGCCUGGCUCUGCCUGCUCUUAUGUCUCCCUCAGUCCUGGAGGAUGCUGGGACUGUAGGUGAUAUUCUCUAGGGCCAGGGGACUGAAGGGGUGAGGAGGAAGAUUCUAGGCUUCCUUCAAGGCUGAGGAAGUCCUGUGGAGCUGAGGCCCAGCCCCCCAGCAUGGACUACCAGUACUGGCCCCUCUCCCUCGGGCCAAGCCUGGAGGGGAGUCACGUGGCUGGGACUGUGGGAGCAGCUUCCUGUCUGCUAGGAAUGCUGGCCUGCACCUCAGCCUCCAGCCUGCUCUCGGGAGGGUUUCAGAGCCCAUCCUCCCCCCGCCUCCCCCCCCAGCUCAGGCUCCAGAGUCAGGGUUGUCGCCCAGAGGGAGAUGAGGAAGAGGUGGGGGCCCUACAGGACUACACAGUGGGAAGUCACCAAGAACAUGAGGGCUCUGAACAUAGGACUCAAAGCUCCUUUCCAGCCUGCGUUGCUGUUCCUGGAGCCUUGUCUCCCCAGAGGCCCUGAAAGGUGGAGAGGGGCGGGCAAGUCAGCCAAGCUCACUCUCUUCCUCAGCUCCUGGCCCCUCUGGUGAGGGCUGUCUUGGAGCGAAGAGCACCUCCAGGGAUGCCUGGAAACAGCCAGGAGCCCCCUGGUGGCACUUCCUGUGGCUCAGGGUGGGAGGGAAUAAAAGCCCAUGCCCUGUCCCAGGAGGGCCAGCACCUCGGAUGUUCUGGGAGGCAGAAAUAAAGUUGGG